AUGUGGGGUGGUCUUUCAGAUAAAUAUUAUCUUUGUGAUGUUGUGUACGCCAAUGCUCGUGAAUUUUUGGCUCCAUAUCAUAAAUAUUGGUUAGCAGAUUUUCGAUGUCGACGUGCUUUGACUAAAGAGGAAAGGUUUAAUCAUGCGCAUGCACAACUCAAGAAAGUUAUUGAAUGUGCUUAUGGUGUCUUGAAAGUGAAAUUUUCGAUCUUAAAGCAGAUGACUCCCUUUCCGUUUACAACACAAAGGAAUAUGGUAAUUGCUUGCUUUGCGAUACAUAAUAUUAUCAGAAAAUAUAAUAUUCAAGACCAGUUGUUUAUGGAGUUUAAUGAGGAUGCUAUAUUUAACAGCGAAGAAGAAGUCGAAGGAAAUGGAGAAGAAGAAUUGGAUAUUUUCCAAUGGGGUGCUAAUAGCACUCAAUAUAUGGCUACUUUGUAUGAUGAAAUUGCAAAUAGUUUGGUCAAUAAUGUUUAA